GGUUUCGGUUGUCAUAUCUUUGAAAGAUAAUUGAAACCUAUCAUCAAAUAGCUAAGAUAGUGUUAUCAGUGGCUUAAAGUUAAAAAAAUACCGGUUCGACAUUAUUUUCUGAAUUUUGAACAAAGUAUUUUUUUGGCUGAUAUUUUAAACAAUAGAAGCAAUUUAAAAAAAUGCAUCGUCUUCGAAAUAUACGGAACUAUAGCAAAUUAAUUGACAUUAAACCUGAGGUACUAGAGGCUUUGAAAACAAACAAGCCGAUCGUUGCAUUGGAAUCUACCAUCAUUACACAUGGGAUGCCAUACCCUCAAAAUUUAGAAACAGCCAUAGAGGUUGAAAAUAUUGUUCGUAACCAGGGAUCAAUUCCAGCGACGAUUGCCAUUUUAAAUGGAAGAAUCAAAGUGGGCUUAGAACCAAGUCAAUUUGAAGGUUUAGCUAAAAAUGGUGCAAGUACAGUCAAGACUUCCAGACGUGACUUAUCAUAUGUUUUGAGUAAAGGCUUGAGUGGUGGAACAACAGUCUCGGGCACUGCAUUAAUUGCCAAUCAAGUCGGUAUUGAUGUUUUUGCAACUGGUGGUAUUGGCGGCGUUCACCGCGAAGUGGAAAAGACUUUUGAUAUAUCUGCUGAUCUCACCGAGCUCGGGCGUUUAAACAUUGCUGUAGUUUCGAGUGGGGUUAAAUCAAUUUUAGACAUACCAAAAACAUUGGAAUUUCUAGAAACUCAAGGUGUAACCUGCGCUACGUAUAACACUCCAGAGAAAGAUUUUCCGGCAUUUUAUUGUAGAAAGAGUGGUUAUAAAGCGCCAUACAAUGUUAAUGAUCCCAUUGAAGCAGCCAAACUUAUUGCGACAUCGAAAACAUUGAAUUUAAACUCAAGUAUUUUGAUUGCUGUUCCCGUUCCCGAAGAAUUUGCGAUGAAUGACGAAUAUAUGAACCGUAUUAUUGUGGAUGCUUUGGAAAAAGCCAAAUUGUCUGGAAUUUUCGGCAAAGACGUCACGCCGUUUUUAUUGAAUGCUAUUGGAACAUUCACUAAUAAUAAGAGUCUUCGAACAAAUAUUGCAUUAAUUAAAUACAACGCACACGUGGCCUCACAAAUUUCUCGCGAGCUAUCUAAGAUCAAGCGCAUUGAUGAAACAAGCGUAGCAUUCCAAAAUCGUGAAAUUCCGGUGGUGAUUGGUGGCUCAUUGGUAGAUAAGUGCUGCAUUGUAGACGAUUACCCCAUCAAGCUCAACGGUGCUACAUACCAUUCACAAUUUAAAAAGAAGUGCGGAGGUGGUGUGGGCAGAAAUAUUGCAGAGGGUUUGAGUAAGCUUUGUGGAAGCGUUGAAUUCAUAUCAAAAAUUGGUGACGAUGAGAAUGGCGACUACCUCUUAAGUCUUCUACCUGAAUCCGUAACCAGGCAUUCCAUUGAACGUGACCCGGAACAAUCAACUGCCUCGUGUGUAGUAAUUUUGGAUCGCAAUGGUGACUCUAAACUAUACCUUGCAAGCAUGGAUAUUCAUAAAACGAUCGACUCAGCUAUGAUCAAGAGGUAUGAGCACCUUAUUCAGUCAGCUCCCAUCGUUGUUUUCGAUGCUAACAUCCCAAUUGAUGGAAUGGGGAUUAUUUUGGAAUUGUGUAAGAAAUAUGAAAAACCAGCAUUUUUUGAACCUACCGACAUGCUUAUCGCCUCAAAGCCCUUCGAGUUACCCAAGCAUCUGAUAUCCCAGAUUAAAUUCAUUUCCCCAAAUAUUCACGAGCUAAAUACCAUUGCCACUCAUCUUGGAUGUGGUGAAAGCUCACUGAAAAUUGAUAAGACCGAUGAAGAAAAAUUGUUCAAAGGAAACACCAGUUUUAUGGAACAUACAAAAAAAUGUUGUGAUGAAGUUUCACGAUACAUCGAUAACGUCAUAGUCACGCUUGGUGCAAACGGUGUUCUAGUUACAAACAAGAAUACAUCUAAACAUAAGUUUUUUGAUGCAUCCCUCAGAUAUAACAAACCAAUCAACGAAAACUUACCAGUACAGCAUAGAAUGUAUAAUGUAGAAAAUGAUAUUGUCAAUGUUUCGGGAGCUGGUGACAGUUUCACUGUUGGAUUUAUUACGGCAAUGAUCAAUAGUUGCCGUGAAGACAUAUGUAUUUCGGUUGGAAUGGAAAGCGCAAAGGCCGCCUUAAAAUCAGAAAGUCCUGUUCCAAAUAACUAUUUCCAUAGUGAUCAUGAAUGUUGGCGUCAACCAGCUUCACAUAAAUUACUUUAAGAAAGAAACCAGUUUGUUGUUCUUUAUUCUUUGCAGUUACACAUUUUAUUUUAACUUCAAAAUACCCAGAAGUGUACAAGUCCUUGAAAAGUGUUUCAAGGCCUUGGAAUGAUCCUUCAACCCUUUUUGUAAUGAUUUUUUAUAAAUUUGUUCGAAAACAA